AUGAGGACUCUGUAUAAAGCUUGGUCCGCAAUCGUAUACAAACUCAUACCAAAUGUAAGUAUAAUGGAGCAAAAGUUGAAGCAGUUUGCUGCUAUACUGGAUGCAGAUGAGGUAAUGUUAUUCGAGAGAGCCACAUUUCUUGUUAUCGCUCACGCAGAAAUGACGGAGCAUCGUGAUAUGCAUCGGUUCGAGAAGGUUUCAAACAUCAUAAAGCAGUUCAAGCUCAGUUGCAGUAAAAUGGGCUCACAGUUUGAAUAUAUGCACGUACGGAAUAGUCACUUUGCCGCUUUCAUUGACGCAUUCACUCCGAAUACAUUCAUUAUGGUUGUUUUGGCUGAUGGCAAUGUUUCCCCUGCUGCAACGCUUAUGAACAUUCGAUCCGCAAAGAAACAUUUCGAAGCAUUGGAAUCGAGGCAAUGA